GAACAUCGUGGUUUUGGAUUACUACCCUCCAAUUCAUUUGUGUCUUCUGCGGAAUGUCGGAGGUGGAGUCCCUCGUCAGUUCUAUCGGAUUUCAGGUGGAUCUUCUGAGCAACCAACUAAAGGAGGAGAAGGCACAUCUUGCUGACGUUCAGAGCAGGUUGCUAUCUUUGGUAAAGGAAGCAGAUGCAAAGAAGCGUUCUAAAGCUUGUUUAGAGGAAGAGCUUAAAGCCCUGGAGUCUUCCUUUGAGCGUGCGACUAGUCAUUCUACCGACCUCAUCGGUGCCUCAGAUUUAGUUUCUAAAGAAAACGCAUGUUUGGAGAAGGCUAUCGAAAGAAUACAAUUUUCCAGUGAUCGCAUCAGAAAAGAAAGGAUGGCGCUUAUAGCAGCAUGCAAGAGCAAAUUGAAUUCAUUCGAUAAUCAGCUAUGGGCAAACGAGAAACUCAAGGCUUUUGUGCAACUGUGGGCCGCUAAAAAGUCGUCUAAUUUUAAAUUAACUGCUCUCCCUGAUUCAAUUCGCGAAAUUGUGCACAGGCUGGUAGGUUAUUAUGAUGAAAGCCUGGAAUCUCUCUUGGAUCAAGCCCUGGACAAUGAUACAUGCACUACUUUAUACAAUGCGAAAGAUACAGACAUGUCAGUAGCCACUGGAGAAAACCAUCCCUAUGUUUCCCAAGACAAUAUAGCUAAUGUCAAAAGUGGUGUCGAAGUUUCCGAUUCCGAGAUGCCUGACUCAGAACCGAAUACGCGUUUUGGAGUCUCCAGUUGUCUGACGCUUUCUGCACUUGAUGUAAGCCUCCUCCCCUCCAGACUUCGUGACGCAGAUGAAAUUCUCGGCUUAACGAAUCCGUCGGAUGAUUCAGUUCACAGGAUAGAAACUUCAUAGAACGGUAUUUCGUGCUAAAUUACAGUUCGUUUUUGAUCGUUGAUGAGCUUACUGUUUCUCAUUAUGUAGUCGGAGUUACCGUUUUCUUAUUUGAUAUCGAAUUAUGUUUUUGCUGUUCAAUUCUGAGAAAUAUAAUUUACAGUACGUGGAA